AUGUCUGUGCAACGUAUUGGACUAUCAAUCGUUUACCAACCAACUAAUGGCGCCUGCCAUGAUUUUGACAUCGUUCUAGUGCACGGCCUGUUCGGACAUCCUAAGAACACGUGGUCAACCAACAUCCCGUGGGAUCUACGCGAGACAAAUCGCAACGACGGAAACAUUAUCAAUAAUAUAGACGAAGCUAUUGAAGACCCACCUCGCAAGAAGGCGCGGACUCUGCCUAAAAAACUGUUUCGUGAAGUGUUCUGGCCACGUGAUCUUCUUCCCAAGAGCUUUCCUCAAGCACGCAUUCUGACAUGGGGCUACGACGUCCAAAUCGACCAAUUACUAUCUUCGACAUCCAAAGCCUCCAUAUUUCAUCAUUCUGAGACAUUAUUGUCGGAUUUAGCCAUGGUUAGAAGCGCACCCUUGGAGAAAGAGGUACCUAUCAUUUUCAUUGCCCAUAGCCUGGGUGGAAUCGUUGUUAAAGAUGCUUUGAGCCUAUCAAGAAACGAGACAACAUUCUUCAACGAAAUACUGCCUGCGACAGUUGGUGUUUUGUUCCUGGGAACCCCUCACCAUGGCUCAAAGACUGCUUCCUUAGGCAAGAUAGCCUUUGAGCUGUCAAAGCUUGCUUUCAAAACCCCAAAUGUUCAGGUGCUUCGCGGACUGGAGCCUAAGUCAGAGAUUUUAGAACGGAUAUCAAGAAGCUUCGGACAAAUCCUCGCAACUGGAAAUGUCAAAGUACAUUCUUUCCGGGAAGAGCUUGAUACGAAGGGAAUGAUGAUCGUUGAUUCAUCCUCCGCCACUAUUGGCUACCUUCAUGAGACGCGCGGAAGUCUUCACGCCAAUCACAGAGACAUGGCUAAAUUCUCUUGCCUAGAAGAUGUCAAAUUUCAAAGAGUUGUAGCAGUAUUAGGCCGAUGGGUGGAAGACAUUGUUGGAGCACAACCCCCAUGUAAAUUGCGAGUUCAUCUGGAUGGAAAUGCUCCGGAAGUCCCUGAUCAUUUGGUUUUCGACGAACAAUAUCAGGCUUGUCUGCGAUCCCUGAAUUACUCGGAGGCUAGAGUACGAUUUCAAAAUGUUGAGCCUGCAUAUGAAAAGACUUAUAAAUGGCUUUUUCAUGAUCGACUCGGGUUAACAGACUGGCUUCAGGGGAAGACGCGCAGUUCCAUGUUUUGGCUGAGAGGGAAACCUGGAUCUGGAAAAUCUACUGCAAUGAAGUUCAUCAUGACUCAUCCCUUGACGCGUGAGUUACUGGAAAAGUAUCAUCUGAAGUCUUGGAUUGUUGCAGGCUACUUCUUUCACGAUCGUGGAACAAGCGCACAAAAAACUGCCGUUAGCUUCCUCCGUGAGAUUUUAUACCAGAUUCUUCUGGACCGAAGAGACCUAUUCGGAGUAGUGUAUCCUGUUUUUAAGCAACUGGAAGAGAAUCAAUCACUAACAGGAGUUUCCGCGGACGCUGUCAUAUCAUGGAGCAUUAGCCAGCUCGAGGCGGCCUUGGAGUUAAUCGGAGUCAGGUCAACAGUCGAUGUGAACUUGUGCCUCUUCGUUGACGCUUUGGACGAGCAUGAUGGGAAACACAGGGAACUGCUUUCUACUUUAACUCGCUUGGCACGGCUGACAAGCAAUCCCCUUUUUCGGAUGCGAUUAUGCGUUUCUGGUCGCCCUGAUAAUGUCUUUGUGGAUGGCCUCCAAGGAUGCCCAGGAUUUGCAAUUGAGGAUCAUACUACAGACGACAUAGGUCUUUAUGCAGAAGGGAGGCUACAGACAGAGAUGAGGGGGGAAUUGACUAAAGAAGGCAAACAGAAGCUUAAGACACUUGGUGAAGAUCUCAUUCAAAAAGCGCAGGGGGUGUUCUUAUGGGUGAGGCUCGUUGUCGAUGAACUAAUCGAUGGUUUGUGCGAGGGAGAUAGUAUUGAGGAGCUGCAGUCCUUACUUUCCGAGACCCCGACUGAGCUGAAGGAACUAUACACAAGAGCUAUUCGCCGUGUUUCCCGGACUUCGCCAUCUUUGCUUUCAACCAUGAGAUAUGAGGCCUACGUGAUGUUCCAGAUCGCAACGCACUGUCCCCGGCCAUUUUCACUGUAUCAUUUUCUAUCCGCGGCACUAUUCGUAACGACCAAUAAGGGAAUAUAUACGGAUUUGCAAACACUGUCAGAGAGUCAAAUGGAGCGUCGCUUGUAUAGUCGAUCUGCCGGGCUCUUGGAAGCUACGGGCCCUCCAAAAAGAAGCGUGCAGUACAUCCACCAGACAGUAAAAGAAUUCAUGAGGAAUGGCCAAGGUGACCUCAUUAUUCGCGAAGGUAUCAGCGAUAGGUCUCAACACAGCGUCAAUAUCCUGCUAUUUCGAUACUUAAUCAGUGCUAUUCCAUCUUUGUUGGAUGUAGACAUCGGUGAGCAACGGGUUGUAACUGGCAAUCUUCUAUAUUACGCAUAUAAGGCGGAACUUGAGGAAGGAAUAUGCGUUGCGCGAUACCUCGACCCAGUUAUAUUCGAAUUACCAGAGAAGCAACAAGACAACAUACUAUUUGGAACUAUAGCCCACUUUGUACAGGACAGCCUGCGAGAAUUGGAGGCUCCUAUAUUUCGAUGGUUUAUUUUUAAAAGUCCACGACGCGGGGGCCUGCGUCCUCGAAUCCAGCUUCUCAUAAUCUACAUCGUCACUAAUUUGCCCCUGUCUCUGCAGUAUUCAAUAACGUCGCAGGACACCGCAAUAGAAGAGAAUGAUGCCUAUGUACUACUAAAAGCAGCGCUUAUGCGAUACUACGCGCUAAAAAUGUAUGAUGAGAGUGACUCGUCCCAGAUCCUGGAGGUCUUGUUGAAGUCUGGCGUCGCAUCUGGCGUUUCUGAUCAAUCUUACAAGCUUCUGGAUGAAAUAGUCGAGUCGAUUCAGGCCGACCAAUCUCCAGAAGCUAAAAGACAGGCGCAGCUCUGGGCUCAGUUUCGCCAUAACGCACCAUCGAGCGAUAAGCGGUGUUAUUGA